UUUCGUCAAGGCCGCCGAUCUCAACCCGCGUCGAGAGGAUCUAUUGAGACUUGAAUAAACAGAGACUGAUUUUUCAGUCCAAUCUCGGAGACUUGGACGAGAUAAAAAACGAAAGAACAGACAGCCUCUAUUCCGAAGCCAGAAUGACCAACUGGAGAUUUAUCUUAAUUGUAGUAGUUUUAACGAAGAUGGAAGAUCGCACACUGGCCGAUAGAGCGUUUAAGAGGAAUUCUAAUCGACGUCACAACGAGACCAUGGACAUCGAGAAACGUCUGUCCGAGGAUGUGCUUCCCAGCAGAUACGUUAUAGCAAUUUCGACUGAUUUUCGAAAGGACGAGUUUCGUGGGUCUAUCGGUAUCGAUAUCGAUAUACUCAGGCCUCAAACCUACAUCGCCUUGCAUUCAAAAAAUCUAACUAUUUUGUCGACCAAACUGUACUCGGGAAAAUGGCGAACGGAAGUCCCAAUAAAGUCUGUGCUACCAGUGGACAAGCGUGAAAUGUUAGUGAUUAAAACGUUCAGAGUCAUCCCUGUAGGAAAAUACGUCCUAAAAAUGAAUUUCAGCGGCGACCUGAACGGGAAAAUCAAGGGAUUCUACCUGAGCAAGUACACUGACCUCAACCACUCGGUCAGAAAACUGGCAGUAACGCAAUUCGAGCCACUCUACGCGAGAGAAGCGUUUCCGUGCUUCGACGAGCCGAGCUUCAAGUCCACGUUUGUCGUGCGGCUCCUCCACUCGGAGAAACCUCCCUACCAUGCAUUAUCUAACAUGCCAGUCGCGAAGGUGGAGACGACGAAUACCGAAACAAUCACGUAUUUCGAUCCCACGCCUCCCAUGUCCACUUACCUCGUCGCCUUCCUCACAAGCGACUUCGACUGUUUGGGAGCCAACACGACCCUGUUGAACGGAACCAUGGUUCCCCUAAACGUAUGUGCCAGACCCAUGUACAAACACAAGGGGACGUUCGCCCUGAACGUCGCCAUCCGCGUGAUGGAGUACUAUUUGAGCGUUUUCAAUAUCGACUACCCGCUGCCCAAACUCGAUAUGGUCGCCAUACCUGACUUCAGCGCUGGAGCUAUGGAGAACUGGGGUCUGAUCACGUUUCGCGAAACGGAGCUCCUUCAUAGUGAGAACGACAGCUCCUGUCUGAACACGAGGAGCGUCAGCUUGACGGUGGCCCAUGAAUUGGCGCACAUGUGGUUCGGCAAUCUGGUCACCAUGAGGUGGUGGAACGAUCUCUGGCUGAACGAGGGAUUCGCGACUUACAUGGAGCACAUGGCGGUGGACUACGUCUUUCCCGAAUGGAACGAGAUGGACUCCUUUCCCUUGCACACCAAGUAUGUCUCCAUGAAACACGACAGCAGGUCACGUGCUCGUGCUAUCGUGAAGCGCGUCGAGGACCCUGAGGAGAUCGAGGAGAUGUUUGAUCGAAUUUCCUAUCAGAAGGCAGCAGCUGUGAUCAGGAUGCUGGAGGACGCAAUAGGCAAUUCGAGGUUCGUCCAAGGUAUCAGAAGCUACCUAGACAAUUAUCGAUUCAAAAACGCGGAGUCACGCGAGUUGUUCGAGCUCUUGAGCAACAAGACUCGCAACGACGUCGAUAUCAUCGACUUCAUGAAUCGAUGGACGAUGCUCGCUGGGUUUCCAAUGGUCAAUGUCGUUCCGCACGGCAAGAAGCUCUUCAGGCUCUCCCAGCAGCGUUUCACGACGAGCAAGAAACUGCUCGAAAUACGAGACGGAAGCUGGACCAUUCCCAUAAAAUACAUAACGAGCAGAAGGAACGGCGUCAAGCUCGACUGGUUCAUCGCGAAUUAUUCUUGCGUGGAAUUGUCGCUGGAGAGGCCAGUUGAUUGGAUCAAACUGAACCACGGAUCGAUCGGGUAUUACGUCGUCAAUUACACGGAGGAAGCGUGGCGCUCGUUUAGGGAUUUAUUGUCCAAAGACCAUCGAACAUUGAGCCCCGUGGACAGAGCAGACUUGUUGCACGAUGCUUUUCUUUUAGCGGGGGCCGCCGAUUUGCGUUACUCCGCGGCGAUGAACUUGACCUCUUAUCUCGCGAUCGAAACGGCUUAUCAGCCCUGGGCCGUGGCCGUCGAAUGGUUCACGCAAAUGAACAGACUGCUGGCCAGGACCCGCGUACACGAACGUUUUCAGUCCUACGCGAGGAGGCUCGUUGAUAAAAUCUACCACAGAGUCGGAUGGAAUAUCCACGAGGAGAAGUUGUUCGCCAAGAGAGAACUGGGCGUGCUGGUGCUGAAUGCAGCCUGCAGCGUGGCUCACAAACACUGCCUCGAUACCGCUGGAAGGAAGCUGAGGGAGUUCCUCGCGAACAAGGAUGGCAAACAAACGUUGCCAGCCGAUAUUCGGUCUAUCGUUUACACGUUCGGCCUCGUCACGCAGUCGGAUGACGUUGGAUCGAUAUUUGAAAACAUGUCGCGGCUAUUAGCGAUGGAGAACGACGCUCAGGAAAGGGAACGCUUGAUUAUCGGACUGACCGCCAUUCGAGAUAAAGACACCCUUAAUCGAUACCUUGAACGCGCCACCGACGGGAACUUGGUACGCAAACAAGAUUUUACCGACGUGUUGAUCAAAGUCGCCAUGAAUCCCGCGGGAGUGGACGUAGCCUGGAAUUUCAUACGAUCUCGAUGGACGAGCCUCGUCGCGGAGUACAACACCAACGGUUACUCUUUAGGAAAAGCCGUAGUCGCCAUCGUCUCGUCCUUCAAGGACCGCCGGAUGCUCCAAGAGGCCAGACGAUUCUUUCUGGAGCACGAGCUGGGAGUAACCGAGAGCACAAAGAGAAACGCUAUCGAGGAGAUUGAAAACAGCAUCAAAUGGCUGGACGCGAACGUGCAAAACAUCGAUUGGUGGCUGGCGGCCAAUGGCUUCGAUUAAACCU